GGUUAUCAAUGCUGACAAGUCAGAAUUCAACGAGGACCAGGCAGCCUGCUGUCAGAUCUCCAUCCGGAGGAGAGAGCCGGGCCUGGAGGAGGACGAGGAAUGGCUGAUCCUGUGCUCUAUGCAGUUUCUGACUGGUUACUACUGGGCACUGUUUGAUGGCCACGGUGGCCCACAAGCUGCCAUCAUUGCCUCCAACUAUUUGCACUACUGCAUCAAGCAGAAGCUGGAGGAGGUUGUGGGAGGCGUCACAGAGGCCCGUCCCCCCAUGCAUCUGAGCGGACGCUGCGUUUGUGACAGCGACCCCCAGUUCGUGGAGGAGAAGCACAUCCAUGCCGAAGACCUGGUGGUGGGAGCCCUGGAGAAUGCCUUCCAGGAAUGCGAUGAAGUCAUCGGCCAGGAGAUGGAAGCUACAAACCAGACAGGAGGCUGCACUGCUCUGGCUGCCCUUUAUUUCCAGGGAAAGCUGUAUGUGGCUAACGCUGGGGACAGCAGGGCGAUUCUUGUUCUGAAGGACAACAUUGUGCCCAUGAGCUGCGAGUUCACACCCGAGACAGAGAGGCAGCGAAUCCAGCACUUGGCUUUUCUUUUCCCCAAGCUCCUGGAUGGCGAGUUCACGCGCUUUGAGUUUCCACGGAGGUUGAAGGGAGAUGAUGUGGGCCAGAAAGUCCUGUACCGGGAUUACUUCAUGGAGGGCUGGGGAUACAAGAUGGUGGAGAAAGCUGACCUCAAGUAUCCUCUUGUCCAUGGUCAUGGGAAGCAGGCUCGCUUGCUGGGGACUCUGGCUGUCUCUCGAGGUCUGGGGGAUCAUCACCUCAAAGUCAUCGACACCAACAUUGAAGUCAAACCUUUCCUCUCCUGCAUUCCCAAGGUGAAUGUAUUUGACUUUGCUCUGCAUGACAUUAAGGAAGACGAUGUGCUCAUCAUGGCAACUGAUGGCCUUUGGGAUGUUCUGUGCAACAAAGAGGUGGCCCAUACAGUCAGGAGCUUCCUUGCAGAAAACAGGACAGAUCCUCACAGAUUCUCAGAACUGGCCAAGUGCUUGGUAUGCAGAGCAAGGGGAAAGAAGAGAGGCCACCAGUGGAUGCUGGAUGACAGCCAUGAGGCAUCCUAUGAUGACAUCUCUGUAUUUGUCAUCCCACUACACAACAGGGAUGAGGACUGA